AUGCCGGACGACGAGGCGCUGCUACAUAUUUUUGUGGGCACCCUCUCCGCCGACAAAAUUGUGCGCGAGCAGGCCGAGGCGGCCCUCACGCACGUCUCCGCUGACCCGCGGGUGAUCACGCGGCUCAUUCAUUUUUCGUGCCAAGAGCUUCCGCCCCUCGGCGUCCCCGCGGAGACACGGCAGGCACUUCAGGCGGCAUCCAUCCGCGUGCGUAAUGUGUUGGGCCGCAGCGAUUGGAACCGGCAGCCGUAUUUCACUCAAGAGACGAAGCAGGCUGUGCGGGCAUGCAUUGUUCCACUGCAGUGUGGUUCUCAUGUACCAGAGUUGGUGCGUCGGCAGCUGCUCGCUGCGACGCGGGAGCUUAUACAGUACGAUUACCCACAUCGAUGGCCGUCGCUGAUGCCGCAGCUGAGGCUAAUACUCGACGAAUGUGUUGUGGGCCUACGCGUUUUGCCAGACGCAGCCUUGUCACGGGAGACCGCCACACUGCGCCUGAAAGGGGCUCUUGGCAUCUUGCGGGCUUGCUGCAAAGUCCACGAGGAUGCAGUUAACAUCGACGCUGACGUUAUUGAGGAAUUCAUCAACACCCUUUGCCCAUCCUUGCUGUCACUCACGGAGACGCUGGCAUCAGUUUGGGUGCAGGAGUUGAAGGCAAAAGGCCAACCGCCAGAGAUGAAUGGUGCCAGUGAUUCUUCUGCCGCUGCCGCCGCCGUUGCUGCAAACCUGAAAAGGUCGGAACAACGCAUGUUUGUGGUGUCCCCGUGGCAUACAGAGUUGUCCCACUGUCUGCGCAUUGCACUCAAGUGCAUUGAUUCACUCCUCGCCGCUCGUUGGCCUCUGUUUCUCUGCGAUCAGCCCGGGAUGGAUCGACUCUGCAGGGACUGCAUUGGUCAAGUCUUGGACGCGAUCCACACAACACUCCUGCCUCUUUACCGUCUACGCAUUCCCACUGACGACGGUGACGACUCGGACCUUUUUUCCGUGUUUCAUGAGUCCGCCGAGUGGAAGUUGUUGAAGUGGGUUGAGGGCCUGUGUCUCAAGCUGCUGCAGGCACUCUCACCAAAGAGUUGUGAGCGUCGUGCACGCGCGGCAGCGAAGCACUUCUGUGAUCAGUACUUGCUAGGCUUUGUGCAGCAGGCACUCGACGUUGUUCGGUGGCAUGCGAUGCCGCGCCGCUUGACCUCCAAGGCUUACAUUAUGUCGCUGGAGAUUCUCACCAUGGCCGUGGCUGUACGGAGCACGUACCGCACCAUUAUAGCACCAAACGCGGAGGAGCUCUUUACGUUGCUUAUCUUCCCACGUCUCACCUUCUCGGUCGAGGAUGCGGAGUUGUGGGAAUUAAACCCCGCCGAGUAUGUGCGGCUGCAGACGAGUCCUGCGGGGGAUUUGUACAGCGCGAAGGUGGUCUCCUCAGCUCUUCUGCUUGCUCUGGCGAUACCCUCCAAACCAUUCCAUGAUGCAGCAUUUGUGAACCACGUUGUCCAGUACGUGUUGGAGCGGCUCACAACGCACACCGCGGCUGCGGCGCACGGUGACGUGGAGGCGGCACGCGUUGUGGACGCCGCCUUAUUUACCAUUUACCAAUUUAACAAAGUCCUGCACUCCGUUGGCUUUGGGGACGAGAAGGUGGAGUGGCUCCUCGCAAACUACGUGGCACCCGCGACGAAGUACCCUGUUGGAUUUCUGCGCGCCCGUAGCGUGUUGGUGUUAAGCGUAUUUGCGCCUAAAAUUCACUGGAGCAGUCCUCAGGCGUUUCAGCGUGUUCUCGCGGAGGUUCUCCCGCUUCUGCAUGAUCCAGAGAUUCCGGUGCGAAUGCAGACCUGCAUGUCCUUCUCCGCCCUCAUCUGCCAUCCGCACGCACGGGACGUCGUCGCACCCUGCCUCAGUGAUGUCAUUCAGCACUAUUUCUGCGCCAUGCGCCUCAUGGACAGUGAGGGCGUCGUCCGCACCCUGCGCAAGACGAUCAAGCACUACCGCGAUGUUCUUUCGCAGUGGGCGAUGCAGCUCACCGAGGUGUUGGUGCAGCAUUUUCACCAGGUCCUGGAGCGGGCCCUCGCCGCUGGGAUCAACGACGCCGUGCCUGAAACGCAGUCAAUAAAGAAGAGCGGUGCAGCAGGGAUGGGCGCGAUGGGUGUUGAGGAGGAUGGCGCCGUGGAGAGCAUCAUGGCCGCGGAUGAAGUACUGGAGACCCUCACAACACUUGUGCGUGCGAUUCCGCAGCAGCCGGCGAUGGGCUCUUCCUCCAACGCGGCACAGCAGAUCGAUCUAAUUCUGCGGAUGCAGGAACAUAUCGCUCCGAUGCUGUAUAUGGUGCUCUCGAAGGAGAAGGGAGGUUGCCUGGGAUUCAUGGAUGCCUCACUUAUGCUACUCACCACAAUGUUGUCACGGAGUUCGGCUGUCGCCUCACCCACGUGGCGUUUGCUGCCAUGCAUUCAUCAACUCGUUGUACAAGGUGCGGUAGACUACUUUAGCCAAAUGCUUCCCCCACUGGAUAAUUUUGUCUGCGUCUCACCCGAGCAGUUCCUCCUCCUUCCGCUGAGUGAUCUCUGUGCGGUGCCUGAAUUCGCGGUGAACGUGGCCUCCAUGACGCCUGCACAGGUCGUCUGCACGAUGUGCGACGCCGUGAUGCACAGCUGCCACAUACUGCGCCUGCGUGAGCUUGCCGCUGUACCCAAGAUGUACGACUCGAUUCUGCAGAACCUCUGGCAGCUCCAGCAGCGUGAGGGAGGCCACGCAUUCGCCACAGCAGUGACCGAAAGUCUCGUUGAAUACAUCAUACAGGCCACUCUGCGCGUAUUAACUGACCCUGCCAGUCAAGAGAGACGACGCCGCACGCUGACACUCUUGUUCGCCAAUAGCCUUCUUUCCGCGAUCCUUGCGAAUGCCGCGUUGACUGUUAGGACUCUCUUCGGCACGGGUGCGCUCUUGCCAUUCUUUGCAAAUUACGUGCAGCUUGUGCAGGAGGAAACCAUGCAGGCGAUGCUGCGAUCGUACGACCGCCGUCUGUUCAUCAUGGCCGUCGCAACUCUCGCACGGCUGCAGACGGAGCAGACGGCGCUGUCAGCGGUCCUCGACGAGGUGCUCUGCGGCGUCUUGCAGGGCGAAGUGCUGGCGAGUUACAGUCAUUGCGAGGGCGCACUGGUCGCCAUGGAGGUGGCGGGAGGCGCGGAGAGCGGGGAUGGCCGCGACGAGGAUGAAUGGAGCGGUGAUGAAACGAGCGGCAGCGGAGAGGACGACGACGACUAUGACGAGGAGGACGAGGAUGAGGACGAGUGCGACGACGACGACAUGUACGACGACGAGGACGGCAUGGGCGGCGCGGCGUCGGCCCUGGCGGGUGACGGCCAACUGCAGGCGCUGCUUGGGGCGGCCGCCGCUGCGCGGGGGAGGGGGACCGCCGCCGCCGACGACGACGAGGAGGACGACGAGGAGGACAAUCUUCUUGACGAACACGACUUUGUGAGCCCGAUUGAUGCGUGUAACGCGUGGGCCUUUUUCUUGGAGUCCGUCAACCACACAACGGCGGCUGCGCCCACACGCUUCUGCCAGCUUCUGCGGGAUGCCAGCGCGCAGCCGCAGCUGCAGUCUGUGACGCAGGUGAGUGCCUUGAUGGAGCAACUGCUGGCGGCACGCGGGAGGCGGCACACUGCGUAA